AUGGGCCAGGACCUCGUCGAGAUCCACCCGCGCGAGCUCCAGUUCACCUUUGAGGUGAAGAAACAAAGUUCAUGUGUUGUCCACCUAAUCAACAAGUCCAACGAGUAUGUUGCUUUCAAGGUUAAAACAACAUCUCCCAAAAGAUACUGUGUUCGACCAAAUACCGGGGUUGUCCUUCCGAGGAAAACAUGUGAAUUCACAGUUACCAUGCAAGCGCUCCGAACUGCUCCACCAGACAUGCAAUUAAAAGACAAGUUUUUGGUACAGACCACAGUUGUUCCUUAUGGUACAUCUGACGAGGAACUCGUUCCUGCUUUUUUCUCCAAAGAAACUGGCAGAUACAUCGAGGAAAGCAAAUUAAAAGUUGUUCUUGUUAGUGCAUACCAAUCCCUCGAAGAGCAACCGACUAAUGGAACUCAUGACACUGAGCCAGCUGUUGGAAUUCCUGUACUGAAAGAGAUGCCAAACAUAGAGAACGAAGUGCCAGAUGUUGCAAAAGAAGUUCCUGCCUCUCUGGCACAAGCUCCAGCAAUUGUGACUGGAAUACCUUCACCUGUCGAAGAGACUCCAGGCCUGAGAGAAAUUCCUGUGCCACUGAAUGAAGCACCAGCUGUAUUGGCAGAAUCGCCUUCCGCUCAAAAAGACCCCUUUGCUAUUACAGUUGAACAUGCCUCUACUGUUACAAUUGAACAUGCCCCUGCUAUUUCCAUUGAAUCCCCUCCUUCGAAACAAAGUGUUGCAGUUUUUAAGGAAUCUCCUCCUCUGAAACAAAGCGUUGCAGUUUUUAAGGAAUCUCCUCCUUUGAAACAAAGCAUUGCAGUUUUUAUGGAAUCUUCUCCACUGGAGGAAACUACUCCUAAAGAAGCUGUUAUGCUAAGUGACCGAGGACUUUUGAAUGUGCAGAACCAUCAAUUAUCUCAUGUAACAGAAGAUGUUCAGAAUCUGAAAUCAAAGCUUAACAAUCUUGAAUCCAAAUUGGACGAGGCUGAAAAGAUGAUAAUAAGGCUAAGAGAAGAGAGCAGAAGUACCACCCAGGAGCGGGAUAAGCUACAGCAAGAAAUGGAUUUUGUUAUUACAAAUUGGUCAUAUUUUGCUGAUAUUAUUUCUAAUGAGGCAUGGUUUGUCCAGGUAUUCCUAAGAAAGAAAGGACUCCCAAGGAGUCUGGGUUUCCCCUUGCUCUUUGUGGUGUACGUGGCGCUUCUUGGUACCUCGCUCGGUUACCUGCUCCGCCUAUGA